AUGAUUGGAAUCCUCAGCCCUCGUUACAAGCUUGUAAUCCAUGUGGUUCAAAUACUUCUCAUCAUAAUUGUUCUGGUUCUUUCAAUUGUUCGCAUGUUCAACCAACCAGCCGGAGCCCCACGGUCCAGGGCGAACACGAUGUCUUUGGGAAUGAGCGCCAAAUCACUUGUCCUUAUCCUCUACCAACUUUUGACUGAGCAUGUUCGCGCCCUUAAAAAAUGGUCAAGCUUGAAGGUGUAUGCUAUUCUCAACGCUUUGGAGAUCGUCUUCUGGCUCGCGGUCGUUUUCCUCUUAAUCCAAGCCAACAUCAACUUUUGCGCCGCACUCAGUUGCACGCUCAGUUGGAUAAUUGUAUCCCUGGGCAUUGUAAUGAGCCUUCUCGCGGUCUACAUGACCAUCGUCACCUUCCUGGACUUCCGGAACUCGCGUUCUCGAAGAAAUCCAACUAGCUGUGAUAUGGAUGACAGCACAGAAGUGCAGUCUGUCAAGAGCUAUAGCCCACCAAGCAAUACCCCCGGGGCUUCGAAGGCCUGA